UAUCAACAUCAUGGACACUGCGUUCUAGACUGAAACGGUAAAUUAAUAUGAAUUAUUGAACUGAUUUAAUAAUAAUGUUUAGACAUACGUGCUGAGUACAGUAAUGCAUGAAUGCAAUUCCUGCAUAUUUGAGUGAAUAUCUACCAGGGUAUAACCUCUGAAAGAUGUAGAGUAAUUAGACAGAGAAGCUUACUUAACCUCAUUUGCUCUGCUUCAUAAUUAUUGGCCUGGGGGCAAUACUGUUACUUCAUCCUUACAAAAACAAUGUUUAUUAAGAACAGUCUCAGAUAUACAUGUUAUGAAUAAUUCCGUUCAUUAAUUCUCCCACAUCUCCGUUUGCGGAAAACAGUGAUUAAUUUAGGAGUCUCACAAGAAUUUCCUCAAGCAUGCCAGUUGAUUGCAGUGUUCAGAGUUUAUUUAUUUACUUUGUCCCAGGCAAUGAAGCUGAUGUCUGCUGCUCAAAUUAUAAUAUCAGUAUCCCUUUUAAAAUGUUAAAGAAGAGUUCAAUUGUCGAGAGCAACGUGCAGUUGAUCUGAUCUGUUCGGCAGCUUGAAAAUGAUUUUAUUGUUGAAUGCUUGAGUCUCACAAACCACAUCAGUUUUCAUCAAACAAAGCAAAUUAAUAGGAAUAAAGUAUUUAUUUCUUGAAUAAACACGAUUUAAUAUAAUAUUCAGAAGCUGUGGUUUGCAAAGCAACUCUGGAUGGACCAACAAAUGCUGCCUCUGGCGUCGGAAAAUGGACUGUGCCCUCCUACAGACCGACGGGAAGGGAAAAUAAUAGAGAACGGCUCGAGCUGACAGAGUUUUAAAGGCUUUUGAUUAAUUGCACCGGAGUGAAACACUUGUCAGCUCUUUGUGUUCCCCGAUAAAUUAGAGGCUCAGGAGACUUUACGCAGUCAUUCAGGUGAGGACGCUGCGUGUGCGCGGACAUAAAUGCACCUUAUAUAUAUUUUUUUUUACAACGAAAGGGACUAUUAAACAGGAUUUUUGCUGAGCUCUGGAGCUUUUCAUGCCUUGAUGUGUUUUUAAGACAACACAUUUAACAAUAAUACAGGUUAAGAAGUGAUUUCAGUGGUUGGAAGACAGUCGAUCUAUAUGGAUGGCAUUGUGACAGUUAGGGAUGACAGUCCCGCAUCAAGCCCUAACUCGAGCCCCAGUCCUGACACGCUCUCAGCGGACAGCCGGCGCGCAGAGGCCCUGUCCCGCUCCAGGGUGGUCCCGUCUAGUGUCCUCGGUGGCAGAGGAAGACCCGCGGCAACCAACGCAGCGCGCGAAAGGACUCGCGUGCAGACGCUCAGGCACGCUUUCCUCGAGCUACAGAGAACAUUGCCGUCGGUGCCCCCGGACACCAAACUCUCCAAACUCGACGUCUUGAUAUUGGCAACCACAUACAUAGCGCAUUUAACAAGAACCUUGCAAGAGGAAGGGAUGGAAGAGGACAACACAAAACAAACUGAAGCUUUGAACUCACUUAAGGGGGAUGGCUACUUACAUCCUGUGAAAAAAUGGCCAAUGCGUUCCAGAUUAUAUGUCGGUGCAACUGGCCAGUUCCUGGAUAACUCAAAUGAAAAUCAAGAGGCAUCUUCGUCAUCCUCUCAAACAUAGAUCAUUUGCACAUAAGACUUUUGGAGGUAAUGAUAAAAAAUGAAGAAUAAAAAUAGAGUUGUCGUUUUAGUAAUUUUGUUGCAGUCUGUAAAAUUUAACAAAGUUGUUUUACGCGGCAAGUGAACCAGAUUCAUUGAAAGUAUUAUCAUUAUUGUGCCAUAUGACAACUGAGUAUUGUGCAUAUUAAUAUAAACAAAUGAUUUCAAAUAUGUAAAUAAGAUUAAAAUAUUAAACAAUG